AUGCAUGGCGUGGGAGAGCUGUCUCGUCCAUGGUUGAUGCAGAGCCAGCCCACGCCCGCGAGACGGCAGACUCGACGAGCUCCACCAGCACUGAACGAACUGAACGCAGAGUGGCCCCUCUCCGUUCCAGCGCCUGCACCCAUCGAGCCAUCCCAACUGCGAGUGCAGCGCACAGCGUCUGAGACGAAGUGCGCUGCCGGCGGCCCACUUGCUGUGUUGCGUGCCCUUUUCUGGCGUCGUCGCUGGCGGGCUGCUGCUGCUACGGCGUCAAGCAAGGGAAUUCUUUGUUUGAGCAUCGUCGGAUCUUCGCGAUCAGCGUGCGAAUCGGCCUCAAGGCGUCAUCUGAUUUGCGGGACGACGCGCUUGCAGGCGUGCAAUUUCGCACCAGCAGACCUCUCUGCUGACCUCGUGCCGGUUGAUUCUCUGCGUUGA